AUGGUCGCAACGCCGAAAUUUCACGUUCGACAAGACCAGGCGUGGAUUUUCGUGCAUGUACAUGUGCCCUUUGUACGCGUAUUAGAGACGGAAUUUCAUGUAGAUGGUAUGGACUUUUCCUUCUUUUGUAAACCGUAUUUACUCAAGUUACACUUUCCACAUGAAGUACUGGAUAAUGACUUGACAAAAGCUGUCUAUGAUCCGAAUAAGGUGGACAAUGGCAUGAUUGUCGUACAUUUACCCAAGAAGGAGCCAGGCCAAGUCUUUCCUGACCUUGAUAUGCUUACAAAAUUGCUACAGCCACGAGAAUAUCCAUUGGAUCGUUUAGGAUUGAGUAAAGCACCACUUAUUGAAGUAUUGACACCACCAAGUGAAGAAUCAAGUGGUUGUAUCCAGGACAAGUCGGAAGAGCUUUAUUGUUGCAAUGACAAAGAUGUCGUGCCUUUGACAGAUCACGUGCAGACCGAUUCGUCGCUUCUUGGGCUUGAGGUUACGGAAUCUGCGCCGAAAUUUGGUUCAAUGAAGUUUGAUACUGAAAAGAAGAAGGCGUCUGAAUUCAUGGGUGUACGCGUGACUGAUCUCACGCCUUCGUAUGGAUUCAACAACGCGUACAGCGACUUUUUCCGCGUGUGGCACGGCGAAGUAAGCGAAAUUGUGUCUUUACCUGAUCCGGAGCACAUUCAGCCAGAACAGCGACGCAUCCUUCGUGAGGCUGCUGAAGAGCAACAGUUUGAUAUCGAACGCUACUUGAUGGAUUUUGCUAAUCAAGGUGAUGACAUGUACUUUAAGCUAGCCAUGGAUUAUGUGCCUUUUUGGAGAAAGUAUCCAGUCUUUUUACCGGCGGCAAAGGCCCCAAAAGAUAAAAUCGAAAUCAGGGUGCCGGAACCUUCAAGUGUUGGGGUGGAUACAGAUGUCAGCCGCGUUGAAGAAUGUAUCGACCGCUUGUCCCUUGACGCCACUUCACCUCCGGUGCAUGCUGCAUCGUCAGUAACAUUGACGGAUGCAGAGCAGGAAUUGCUGCUGCGGCUUCCUCGAAAGGAAUUCUUGCUUCCAGAAGGCAGUUUAGAUGAAGCAUUAGUGGUUGGUGGUUUGGUCGACAUUCUCAUCGGUUUUGUCUAUGACCAACUCACUACUCAGGGCGACAGUGGUGUUGAAUCGACUUGGACGGUAAGUAUCGUGAGUCCGACAUUGUCGUGGCUGGAUUCAAAUGCUGAUUUGCGCGCUGUUGUGCGCUCAAGCGUACGGCGCAUGAUCACCUUUCCGUUUCUACGGCAGUAUGACCUGGCCCUGCGCUCAGUUCGCGAGGCCAGUGAACUGCUGAAGCGUGGCAAGCGCGUUGUACUACGAGCAUUGCUAACGCUCCAUCGGAUCGUUGAACUCGCUGAGACCCAGUAUUUACUUAAUUCGCUUUAUGUGAAAGACUACUGCGUGUGGAUUCAGUCUGUCACCGAUGAGCGUCUUCGGUACAUAAGCGUAGAAUUGGAUGGUCAUAUUGCUGCCUUCAGAAAGAGCGAAACAGGUUGGGCAUUGGAAGAGCUAGAACGCAGUCUCGUUGAAGCCGACGACAACAAUGAUGCUGAAUCAUCAUCUUCCUCCGAUUCAGACUUGGAUUCUUCCGAGGCGACAUCUUCGUGUGAGGAAGGGUUUACGUGUCAUGGUGACAAUGACAGCAAUGACGAAGAGGAGGUUGGUGCAAGAUUAGGUGAAGACAGGGAGAUCUCACACAAGACAUAG